AUGAAUGGUGAAAUCAACUCUGGAAUGAUACCUUUCUCAGUGACUAAUUUGAAUCUUUCAUCUGGUCGCCACCCAAUUCCCUCUGGAUGCAUUCCAACAUCUGUAGUCACUCUGUCGAUCGACUUUAAAUGCAACGAUGUUGUUAUCCCUCACUCUGUCAAGCAUUUAACUUUGCCAAAGUUCAACCAAGACAUAUUGACGUUCAUUCCUCUCUCGGUCACACAUUUGUCAUUUGGAGACAUAUUCAAUAAGCAUAUCUCUUCCAACAUUCUUUCGUCCUCUGUUGUCAAAAUAUCGUUUGGAAACCUCUUCAACCAAAAGAUAAUUGAGGGAUGUUUUCCAUCGUCAGUGACGGAAAUAUCCUUUGGUCUACGCUUCAAUCAAACCCUCAACAAGGGUGUCCUUCCUCCUUCUUUGACUAAGCUCAGUUUCUCCACUGCUUACACUCAAUUGAUACAACCAGAGGCGAUUCCAUCCGUAACCCAUUUGGUUAUAGGUGAGCGAUAUCCUCACAAUUUGGAUGGUUUCUUUGAUGACUGUCCAAACAUCCAUACUUUGAUUCUGCACAACCCCUCCAUAUUUCAAAAACCACCUGCAAGAAAGCUCAAAGAAAUAAUUGUCUAUGUAUCUAAAGAGUUUCUCCACCCAUCACAUGUUAUGUUACGUCCACCUCCCGGUAUGACAUCAAUACUUAAAUCAGCAUCCACUGUCACAAUUGAUCUCAAUGGCCAAUACACAAUCCAAUCAAGAAUGUUGGAUGAUCUCUCCGUGGUCAUUAUGUCCUCAUCCCCCUUCCACAUUGGAUUUCUCCAUUUAUAUCACGCCAACAGUUCUCAGCAAUCAAUUUAUGUAUGCAGUCAUGAAGAUGAU